AUGUAUCAACCUACCAUCAUUGAUAUUCGUGCCGUCAAGGUUGAAGACUCCAUCUAUGAGGCGGUGAUGGAUGGAAUCCAGAAAGAUCCACGCACCCUCCCGAUCCUCAUCCUCUACGGCACUGAAGGAUUGCAACACUGGGACCGUCACUCUCAUGCUCCCGAAUAUUACCCCCGUCAUGAGGAACUUCAUAUUCUUCGAGAACAGGCCCAUAAGAUGGCCGACUCAAUUGCGGACAAUAGCGCCAUCGUUGAUUUGGGCAGCGGAAGUUUGGACAAGAUCAAUAUUCUCUUGGACGCCCUAGAAGAAAUGAAGAAGAAUGUGACCUACUAUGCCCUCGAUCUGAGCCGUGCAGAGUUGGAGUCGACGCUGCGCACGCUGCCAACCGAGCGAUGGCAGCACGUCCAGUGUGCUGCACUCCACGGCACAUUUGAGGAUGGACUGGCCUGGAUUAAGGAAGACGCUAAGAAAACCGGUCGGCCACACUGCGCGCUCUUUCUCGGCUCAACUAUCGGUAACUUCUCGCGCGAGAACGCAGCCAACUUCCUCCGCAGUAUGGUGGAAGCCACCUGUACGCCUGACGAUCAGAGCUCUGUCCUGGUCAGUAUCGACUCCUGUAAGCUUCCCACCAAGGUUUUGCGAGCGUACACUUCGGAUGGUGUGGUCCCCUUUGCCCUGGCUGGUCUACAGUAUGCGAGUACUAUUAUUCAGGACGCCAGCAGUGAUGCCAAAGGCCAUGUCACGGAGGUCUUUCAAUCCAAUGAUUGGUACUAUCUCAGUGAAUACAACCCGGUUAUGGGGCGGCACGAAGCCUCGUACACGCCUCGGGAUCGCGAUAUCCAGUUAGGCGCCCCGUUAGAUCACAUCACUGUUAAGAAAGGCGAGAAGAUCCGCUUCGCAUACAGUCACAAGUAUAAUUCUAGCGAGCGUAAGGAUCUCUUCGACAAGGCCGGUGUCCUUCCAGCUCAAGUUUGGGCUGAUUCAACCUGUGAUCUGGCCUUCUACCAGCUCAAGCUCGCAAACAAGGCCUAAGCUUGACCGCCGUCGUGGCUCUAUUUCUUUUUCUGAGUAGUAUACAGGCACCAUGUACUCUACUCUACUGGGACUGUCUCCGUCCUGCCGCCAGAGAUUAGUUAUUGC